UCUUGACCCAAGGAAUUGGUGAAAAUUUCAUAAAAUGGCUCGAUGGUAUAAUUAUGCAAUUAUAAUUAUGCUUCAAAUGUAUAUGGCCGGAUGCUUAACACACUGAAGAAUCAUGAAAUUUCAAACGCUGUGGGAACCGUGGCGGUAAAAAAUACGAAGAUAUUUAUGAGUUAUAUCGGUAGCUAUAUCACAACCAAAGACAUUUCCAACUCCGAACUUUGCAUCGUCCAAAAGGAAAGUGGUGUAUUUGACCAGAUUGUAGAGCAUGUUUACCGAUAUUACUAUGGUUUAUAUAGCCGAAUCAUUCAAAUUGGACUUGUAUAUAAAUCGCACUCAGGAACCUAGAGGAUUUGCUAGUCCAAAAUUCUGGGAAAUUAUUUACCCAAGUUUUUCAAUUUAUCCAAAUGUCUCAAAGCAAGUCGUCGACGGAGUUUUUUAAACCAGUUAAAACUCCGAGUCCUUUCAAAUAUGUCGAAUGUUCAACAGGGGAAUCACCGCCAGCAAAUGCUGUUCAAGGUGGAGAUGAUAACGGACCAUCUUUCCACGCGAGAGGGAGGGUUUCUGGGAAAAAUAUUCCAGGCAAGGUCGGAGUAGAUUCGCCUAGAAAUGGCCGUUUGAAAGGGGCGUGCAUUCCGUACGGAUCAAAAGAGCACCGCGUCCACACAUUCGAGGUGCUAACAUCAACAUUGAAAGCAUCCUAUGUGAGAUGCAAAACUGGUGACAAGCCACCAAAAAAUGCUAUUGAAGGAGGCUACGAUGGAGGUCCUUCAUACCAUGCAAGGGGCGUAGUUGCAGGAAAGAGGAUUCCUGGAAAAGUUGGAGUGGAUAAGGAAUACGAUGGGAAUCUUAAGGGAGCAUGCAUCGCCUACGGUGGCAAGGAGCACCGCAUUCACGAUUUCGAAGUUCUUGUUUUAAAUGAUGAGAUAAUCCGUGUCGAAUACAAAGUUGACGAAGCAAAAAUACUUUCUACGACUCCGAAGGUAAUCGCAAAACAGAAAAAAAACAACCCCAGUUCUAUCGACCAGAGAAUGGAGUUCUAGUUUAAUGAGACAAUUACAAAUAGUUUUUCAUUUACGCAUCAAGCUGGGGCAUCAAUUCCCGUUGGAACAAAAUUCAAAUGUGGCAUUCCAAUGAUGGGCGAGGAAGAAGAGGAAGUCGUUGCGACCGGUUCUUACUCCUACAGUUGGGGAACGUCCAGUUCAAAUGCCAAAUCGUAUGUUGAUAAGUUUUCUGUUAGGGUAAAACCUCAUUCCACAGUUGUUUGUAACGCAGUGGUGAACGAGACCAAGAUGGAUGUUCCUUAUACAAUCUACUUCGAAUCUGGGAACACGUCAAGCGGAUCAUGGAAAGGAGUUUCUACAUGGGGCCUGUACUGCAAAAAAACCUUCGAAGAGCCCAAGGACUAAAGCAUGGCUUUUAAAAUCAUUUAACAAAGUUAAACGGUCUAAACUAGAAAACAGCGUAAAGGCAAGACAAUAUAUCUAGUUUGACUUCAUCUAUGUAGUAGCUAUUUAGUAAGUAUUACAGCUAGUAGUCGAAUGUAUAUUUUGAAGAUGUGCAGAUCAAACGGUUACUCAAAAAAACAGUUGAGAACUCUCUUGGUCGUGGCUUGAAUCCGAGGUCUUUCAUUAAUUUAUUGUGUGAUCAUCCAGAUUAAAUUUUCUAUUAUUAAUUCUGACGUUUCGGCUUCCUACACGAAAGCCAUUAUCAAAGACGUAUAAAAUUGUUACAAUUGCAAAUUUGCAGUUUUAUGUUGCGUCAAAUUGACGUCCGCGUGAACAGUUUACAAAGUGAAUGCCCCGCAACUGAUUUUGGUGAAACUGGACGUACUCUCGAUUCUCGCAUUAAAGAACAUAAGCGAUCAACAGAAAACAAGACGUGGCGAGCAGAAUUGCGGUUCAUCAUAUGGAAACGAAGCACAAAAUUGAUUGGGAGAGAGCCACUUGUAUGGAAUUCAUCGCUUUUGAGGAUGAAAGAAUGAUUUUAGAAAGCUGGUUGACAAAAUGCGAUGGAAACAUUUGUCAUGGAUCAACAUUUGUCGCGAUAUGCCUGGAGCAUACGCUGGGCUAAUUGCACAUAAUCGCAGGCUCUUAAGCCUUAAACGCACGUGCAAGCAAACAAACUCACGAAAACGCGCACGUCAAUUUGAUGCAAGAUAAAACCACAGAGAAGAGAUGGACAGAGAAGAAGUCGACUCUCUGUCCAUCUCUCCUCUGUGAUAAAACUGAUAAGUGUAAAUUUGCAACUGUAAUAAACGUCUUUGAUAAUGACUGCCGUGUAGG